AUGUUCAAAAAGCACCUCAUUUCAACAGGUGCUGGAUAUCUCCUUGCCUUUCUUCCGGGUGGAGCGGCCAUAGGAGCAUCCCUUGUGCAGUCUACAGCACUUUCAGCGAGCGAGUUCUUAGGAAUAAGAAUUGCCAUUGCCAUGCACUGGAUGUGCAACUGUAAAAUCUCUGGGCACAGAUGCGAAGAGUUUCAUGGACGGUGGCAAGAGAUCACUGCUAAACAGGCAUUCUGUCAUGCUGCUUGUCAUUGCACGGCAGCCGUUGCUGCAAUAUUUACAGAACACGCUAUUCCCAAGGAUAUGCCUUUGGUACUGCUGCUGAAACAAAUUCAAAUCUUGAGAUUGCAGCAGAAGAGAUUGGCGAGCAGGGUCUAACCGAUCAAGCAAAGUCAAGCCUUUUGGAGCGAAUUCCAAACGUCACGAAAGUCAUUACUGAAAAAGCUGGGCAGUUACUCACGGCUGAGAAGCACUCAGAUGAUACUGAAGCGGACCUUCCAGAAGCGGAGAGUUUCUCCCUACCUGAUGACGUGCUUCUGGAGAAAGCGUUUGAGCUUAAAGCAAUUGCAGAGAAGUCCUUAAAACAUGACAAUUUGGAAGAUCUAAGCUUUCAAGAAGGCAACGUUGAUGGUUCAGAAUGCACCCAGGACGACGUUGAGGGUGCAUUUGACUGACGAACAGUCAAACAGUGGUGGAAUCGUCAUGUACUUAUCUAAUGGUUGGUGGUAUUCGGGAUUAUCCAAGAUGAUUGUGAGUUACCUGCUAAACAACAAAGAGCUUACAAAGAAAGUGAGAGGGAAUGGAAAGCAAGUAAAAAUCCCAUACAAUGCGAGGGAAAUGAAAGUGUGUUUCAAAAUAUGGCGACCACCCUCCGGCUGGGGUGACGUUUUUAAAUAUGAUCGUUUGAAAAGAUGCUGGUGUGAGCCGUACGAGCCACAUGUAUUCCACUACCCAACACCAGUGACUCGCACGUUUACCAUCGAAGGUACUCUGUGGUGGGAAGCGGUGAUGAAAGUCACAGACAUGUAA